UGUCUACAAAUUUGACAGAAAGAUAAUUAAUUGUCAAAUAACACAAAAUGACAUAUUAUAGGGUGUUUGGUGUUUUGUUUGUAAAUAUGUAGUUAGUUGUAGACAAAAUAUGUGGUAAAUACGUAUAUCCGACAAAUUAAAUUACAGUAAUGCAAAAAGAAAAUCGAUAACGAGCUGAUUAGGUUAAAUGCGUUGAAUACAAGUUAUGUGGUCUUCUGUUUCACUGAACAGGAUUAUAGUAGUGUAAUAAAUGGAAAAGUUUCAUAUUUGAACAUAUUAUGGCAUUUUGUAGAUUUUUUAUUACACUUUGUGUGGUAAUUGGUUGUUGUUCAGCAUCUAGGGUCUUAGAACUUAGUGAUAAGUUUUCUGAAAUUUAUAAGGAAGGCGGUUAUUGGCUGGUUAAAUUUUAUGCACCAUGGUGUGGACAUUGUAAGCGUUUAGAACCCAUAUGGGCACAAGUAGCACAAGCUUUAUAUAAAACUAAUAUAAGAGUGGGAAGAAUUGAUUGCACACGAUUUCCUUCAUUAGCCACUGAGUUUUCUGUUAACGGUUUUCCAACGAUAAAAUUCAUUAAAUCUGAUGAGGACUUCACAUUUCAUGGAGACAGAACAAAGGAUGACAUAGUCAACUUUGCCAUAAGAAUGGCUGGACCGCCUGUCCAAGAGGUUACACGGUCAGAGAGUUUGAUGAAUUUAAAACAAAUGAAUCAACUAUUUUUUAUGUAUGUUGGAGAUCAGGAAGGUUCACUGUGGGAUGCAUACUACAGUGUUGCUAGUAAAAUGCAACCUCAUGGUUUCUUUUAUGCUGCCAACAAAGAGGUAGCUAAGCAACAUGUUGAUAUUGAUGAGUUACCUGCUGUGUUUGUUUACAAAGAGAGUUUGCAUUAUUUCUACACCAUUGAAUCUGGUCCACCAACAUUAAAUGAGUCUCAAGAAGCUGAACAUUUAAAUGCUUCAAUGUACAAAUGGAUCAAUGAAGAAAGAUUUGAGACUUUUCCAAAAAUUACAAGGGGCAAUAUUAAUGAGAUUCUCCAGACUAAAAAAUAUAUUGUACUGGUAGUGGUCGAAGAAAAUAAAUUGCAACAGAUCAAUCAAGAAAUGCUAGAGUUUAGAGAUAUGGUGGAAUCAGUUAUAAGAAAGAAAAGAGAUAAAUAUCAUAAGUACUUCCAAUUUGGGUGGGUUGGAAGUCCAGAAUUAGCUAAUAGUAUAGCAAUGCAAACAUUACCAUUACCGCAUUUACUGGUACUUAAUUCAACCACAAAUCAUCAUCACAUUCCAGAAGAUGAUCCUUCUCAGCUGACAUCCGAUGCUAUUGACAUAUUUCUUGAAAGAAUAUAUAAUCAAAGUGUGCCAGCGUAUGGUGGAAAUACCCUAGCUGUUCGAUUGUAUCGCACUUACUUUGAGGCAAGAACAUCGCUUGCAGAAAUGUGGAGAGGAAAUCCUGUUUUAACAACAGUACUCUUUGGUCUACCACUUGGUUUCUUAAGUUUAAUCUUGUAUUCAAUAUGUUGUUCAGAUAUUUUAGAUGCAGACGAAGAUGAAGAAGAAGAGCUAUUACAUGAGAAGAAAGAAUAAAUAUAAGGUGUUAAAAUAAUCUAGUCGUUGAAAUGUUAAAUGUGCUAGUUAUAGUUAUUUUUUAAUAUAAAAUAAUCCUUUUUGUUGUUGAUGUAUAUAUUAAAAUUAUAAAUGUAAUGUGAGAAAUAAAUUUUUGAGUAACAA